CAUCACCAAGCACAGCGCUAGCACAGCAGCAAGAAAACGGGGCUCUGCAAUGCAUGUGCCAGUCUGGUUUUGUUUGAGUGCAAGGAGGAAGUAAUUUUUUAUAAUCGUUUUGCUGUCUGUGUUGUGCUGGUGUUCGUCGUCCAAUGACUCCUUCCCUGGGAAAAUCUGACUUGUCGCGAGCAACUGUCAUCUCUUUAGCUUACCCCUCUCCGUGCGGAUCUAUGAAUACGUUCAGGAAUCGAAAUUUUCACGACCUGGAGCAGGAGAGGUUCCAGCAACAGCAACAAGAAGAGCAGAGAGAAAGUAAUCGUCGCAGCACGAAAACGACGGAGAGCCAUCUGCUGAGCGCCGCCAGUCUGGCAACAGUUUGUCAGCUAGAGGGUUCACCAAGGAGAAUGCAGAGACAGUAGUGAUGCAGGGCCUGAAACACGCCAACUCUACCUUUCGUUCUGCCGGCGACGGCACCUCUCGUACCAACACGGCCAUUCUGAACAGCAACGGCAUCAGCAGCGGAGACAAGACCAACAUGGCAAUGGGAUCUGCCAGCGUUCCGCAACCACCAAUGGCGUUGCACAUGCAACAUUCGCGAACAGGCUCGGCAGCCAUCAGUAUGCUUUCUGCAGGAAUUUCUCAGUUUGUCCAUCAUCCGAUGUAUACAUUCAAAACGCAUCGGCAGCGUCGUUCAACUUUAUCCGUCAAGGACUUCGUUAUGAGUGCACGGUCCAGCCCAGGAUUUUUAUUCAAAGGUGUGUGGCCACGCUCUUUGGGCUGCAUGCCGGAGAAGAUGCUGAAAAUGCAGGCCUACAUGACGGCUAUGAACAUUGCCGAAGAUCGCAUCAAGCCAACCACGGAAAGAGGCAAGGUAGCCACAUGGGCCGCCGCAGGUUGCGUGGCUGGUUUUGCCACCACCAUUGCUGGCUGUCCUGCCGAGCUGCUUAUGGUACAGGCACAAACAGGCAACAUCAGCGUGCGCGAGUUCUUUCGCCAGCGCGGUCUCCGAGGCGUGUAUCAGGGAGCCUCCGUGGCCGUGUGGCGUGAUGUGGCAUUCAACAUGACCUUCUUUGUGUCUCGCCAGGCCUUCAUCAGCAUGUAUCAUAGCCAGUUUGGCUCCGAGCCGGUCAACUCUGCCAAAUGGGCGGUCGGUGUCGUUGCAGGUAUGCUGGCCGCAUCCGCCUCCUGCCCGCUGGACGUCGUCAAGACACGCAUGCAGGAGAAAGACGCGUCGCGUCGCAACUGGCCUGCCUUGCUGGUCCGCAUUGCCCGCAAGGAGGGUGUCGGUGCUCUGUUCCACGGCCUGGGACCGCGCUGCCUCGCCGUUCCCUCCAUGAUGUCCUUUUUCGCUCUGCUCCACGAGAACAUGGAGCUGUACUUCUUUGGCGAGACGGUGCUCAAGCAUUAGUCGCCAUGAUGUCAUCACAUGCAGUCAUCACAUGCAGUCAUGUGACUCGUGCUGAUGACUCUAGCAAUGUCAUCUCGCUGUGAUCAUCAUUUGACCGUGAGUGAUCGCACUGUUAAGGCCAUCUAUGCGGCAGAUGUAGACCAUGCGAACAACGAUGUGUGUGUGGGUGUGUGUCUUUGACACGGUAUUAAAACGAUAGGCGUGCAGGCCAGGACACAAAUAUCUGUACACUGGUUCUGCUGCUGCCUUCCACGGGUGGACGUUAACUAUCAUUAUUUUGUACCGGGCGCAUUCCACGACUUUGGCCAGUUGAGCUAUGGCAGUGUGCUCUGCUCCAACCGCGCCAGCUGUUUUUCUGUGUGCGUUGUGUGUGUGUGUGUUUCUCUCUCUCUCUCUCUCUCUCUCUCUCUCUCUCUCUCUCUCUCUCUCUCUCUCUCUCUCUCUCUCUCUCUCUCUCUCUCUCUCUCUCUCUCUCUCUCUCUCUCUCUCUCUCUCUCUCCCUUGUGUAUGUGUGCCUGUGUGCUAAUUUCUAAUUCCACCAUCCCUCUACUUGAGUUGAUAUCUUGUGUGCAGGCCAGUUCUUGGCUUUGCGUCCAACAUUAUUUUGCCCUUAGCAGCGUUGACGAUGCCUCUAUUUUUCGCGCUUGAGUUUUGAAUUUUGUUCACCAAGGCGUGCUUUGCCGCAGCCGACACGCUACGUGCAUUACUCCGCAUCGCGUUCGUUCCCUGCAGCAUGCAUGCCUUCCUUGUCCUCUUGUGUUGAUAUCCAGUCCGACCUUGAUUUUCCAGCACCACCUGCAUUGCAGUCUUUUUAACUUUUAUUUUUUAUUUUGAUGGGUAUCGCGGCUAGCUCGGCACAGGCCCCUGUUUUUAGGCUCUUCGUCCUGCGAGUACACGUUACUUUCAAAAUAAUGUUAUUCUCCGACCCGCCGUCUUAGUUCUCUUGACUUGAUUGCUUGCUGCUGCUGUCAGUGCUGCAGUGUCCUUGCGUGACCUCUAGCUUACCUGCCCAGUAGUAGUAGCACCCAAGUCACUUUUAAGUAUCUCUACGUUGAACAUUCAAUAUGCUAGUAGUGCAGCGUAGUCCAGGACAGGACGUGUACGUCCCAGCACCGUACUCCCACUGCCAUACUGACCAGGGACUAGUAGUAGACCAUGGUAGACCAUCGGUAUUCCUUACUUACUACUCCUUGAUUCCCGUGCAAGAUCCGUGUAGCUCAGACCAAUCAUGUCAUGUCCGCACACCCUGGCCUGUUGCGUGCUUGACUUGUAUUGAAUUGAGAAGAUUUUCUCAGUCGUGUUUUGUCUCAGCUUGCUGACCGUCGUCGUUGUCUUGUAUGACUUCAUGCUCCUUUGGUUAAACGCUUUUUCCGAAUUAGUCUUGUUCUGGCCAAUGUGGCCGUUGCCUUUAA